AGCUGCAUCUAUAUUUUAACUACAUGUUUAUAUAAACUAAAACGAUAAAAACGCAAAGUUUAUAUUCCUAAUAUUAAUAUGCUACGAUACUUAUAUACUGGUAAUAGACCUUUUAAAUGCGAUGUCUGUGGGAAGACAUUCAGUCAGGCAGGAGGAUUGCAUAUACACAUGAGGACUCACACUGGUGAUAGGCCUUAUAAAUGUGAAGUCUGUGGAAAGGCAUUUGUUGAGAAAGGAACCUUACAGAAACACAUUAGGACACAUACUGGUGAUAAACCUUAUAAAUGUGAUGUUUGUGGGAAUUCUUUCAAACAGACAGGGGCAUUACAUACACACAUGAGGACACACACUAAACGUUAUGAUAACAAAUGCAGUAUUUGUGAAAAGGCAUUUAGUCAGACAGGAUCAUUACGGAGACACAUGAGAACACAUACUGGUGAUAAACCUUAUGAAUGUGAUGAUUGUGGAAAGGCAUUCAGUUGGGCAGGGGAGUUAAAGAUACACGUGAGGACACAUAAUGGUGAUAAACCUUAUAAAUGUGAUGUCUGUGGGAAGACAUUCAGUCAGGCAGGAACUUUACAGAUACAUACGAGGACGCAUAAUGGUGAGAAACCUUAUGAAUGCGAUUUCUGUGGGAAGGCAUUUAGUCAGACAGGAACAUUACAGACACACAUAAGGACACAUACUGGUGAUAAACCUUACAAAUGUGAUGUCUGUUGGAAGGCAUUCAAUCAUGCAGGAGACUUGCAGAAACACACAAGAACACAUACAAGUGAUAAACCUUAUAAAUGUGAUGUUUGCGGUAAUGCAUACAGUAGGACAGGGUAUUUACAGAUACACAAAAGGACUCAUACUGGCGAGAAACCUUAUAAGUGUGAUGUCUGUGGGAAGGCAUUUUAUGAGAAAGGAACCUUACAGAAACACUUGAGGAUACAUACUGGUGACAAACCUUAUAAAUGUGAUGUCUGUGGGAAGGCGUUCAUUCAGACGGGACACGUAAAGUCACACAUGAGGACACAUACUGACGAUAAAGCUUAUAAAUUUGAUUUUCUCCAAUAAAAUGGGUUAUGAGAGAUA